UGAUACCGGAUUCGUGCUUGACCGAUUGGUACCUUUCAUCCACAUACAGAAUGGCGUUCAAUUUAGCCGCUUUUUCGUACAUCGUAGCAUUAAUCAGCGAUGCAUUUCUAAUAUUUUUCGCAAUCUUUCACGUAAUUACAUUCGACGAAUUGAAGACUGGAUAUAAAAAUCCGAUCGAUCAGUGCAAUAAUCUAAAUCCGCUAGUUUUACCAGAGUAUAUAUUGCACAUCGUGAUCAAUAUUCUAUUUUUGGUUAGUGAACAGUACUUUACAUUGUUCAUCAACAUUCCUCUGAUAGCCUAUCAUGUAUGGCGGUAUAUAAAUAGACCUGUGAUGACAGAACCAGGAUUAUAUGACCCUACAAGCAUAAUGAAUGCUUACGAUUUGUCCAUGUACCAAAGAGAAGGAUGGGUUAAAUUAGCAUUUUAUCUCAUUUCAUUUUUUUAUUACCUAUACGGUAUGAUUAGCUCAUUGAUCAAUUAAGAAGAGUGACUGUUAUAUCAACGAGGACCUCUCAUUGCCUCGGUACAACUGUGUUGUGGCUACUCACGACAACGAUAUACCAGAAGUACAAGCUGUAACUUAAUGUGAACUCAGUAUAAGUUUUUUAAUACUGAAAAUAAUAGGGAAAGGAUUCUUUACUUAUGUAUAGGUUAAUCUUAAUAGGUCUUAUGUGCAAUCCGGAUAUUUUUCUGGAGUGCAUAUAUUAUACAUAUAUAUAAAUACGUUUACAACCAAAUAUAAUAUAUAAAAGUAUAAGAAUAAAAUUUAAGAGUAUUUUCCAAGGUAACUUAUUAUCUGUGCUUUUAUCAAGCACACGCCAAACAAGUAUAUCUGAACAAAUGAACGAAUAGUGUUUCUUAAUUUUUAUUAAUAGUUUAAUAUAGAUGUUAUGAUAUUAUU